AGUGGGGUCUUCCUCCGUCUUCUUUCUCAUUCCCCAAUCUUUCCUCAUGUCGUUGAUGUUAUUAUUACAGUGAGAAAGAAAAGAGACAGAGAGAGAGAUCAAUUUCUAUUUCUUCCAUCAUUACUACUAUUGUUGUUGUGAAUACUCGUUCUCUAGGGUUUGGUGUUCCACUUCAGAAGCAAGAUACUGAAGGCGGAGGAGAAAGAGACCUAGCUGGCUAGCCUAUUAGUUUCUGUAAAUUAGGGUUUUAAUAGUAUUCUUCUUAUUAUUAAUAAAAUCAAUUCAAAUUUGCAACGAAGAGAGGUUGGUAAAACUGUUGCGAAUUUGAAUCUCUCUGUGCGUACUUGCGCGCGCGUGGAAAAAUAAAAAUAAAGAAAGAGAAGAUGAUGGAAGGGAGGAGGAUAUCAGCAGCGAAUCCAAGGCCGUGCUCAGGGAGAAGGAUAUUAGCAGCGAAGAAACGGGGUCGUUCUGAUGGGUUCUUAAACAGUGUUAAAAAGCUUCAAAGAAGAGAGAUUUCUUCUAAACCAGAUCGUUCUUUCAGCAUCACCAAUGCCCAAGAGAGAUUUCGCAAUAUGCGUUUGAUGGAAGAAUACGAUACUCAUGAUCCGAAGAGCCAUUGUUCAGUGGUGCUACCUUUUUUGAUGAAGAGAACAAAAGUUAUUGAGAUUGUUGCCGCACAAGACAUCAUCUUUGCUCUUGCACAUUCUGGUGUGUGUGCUGCUUUUAGUAGAGUGACAAAUCAUAGGAUAUGUUUUUUGAAUGCGAGUCCUGAUGAAGUCAUUCGAAGCUUGUUCUACAAUAAAAACAAUGAUUCACUCAUCACUGUUUCGGUCUAUGCAUCAGACAACUUCAGCUCCUUGAAAUGCAGAUCAACAAGAAUUGAGUACAUUCGAAGGGGUAAUCCAGAUGCAGGUUUUGCUCUGUUUGAGUCUGAAUCCUUGAAGUGGCCUGGUUUUGUAGAGUUUGAUGAUGUCAAUGGAAAGGUGCUAACAUACUCAGCACAAGAUAGUAUAUACAAGGUUUUUGACCUAAAAAACUACACUAUGCUGUACUCUAUAUCAGAUAAAGAUGUACAAGAAAUCAAGAUCAGUCCAGGCAUCAUGUUAUUGAUUUUGAAUAGAUCAAGCAGCUAUGUUCCUCUUAAGAUUUUGUCAAUAGAAGAUGGCACAAUUCUCAAAGAUUUCCAUCAUCUGCUUCAUCGAAAUAAGAAGGUGGACUUCAUCGAGCAAUUUAAUGAAAAGCUUCUUGUCAAGCAGGAAAAUGAGAAUCUCCAGAUUCUUGAUGUUAGACAUACCGGUAUUAGGGAAGUUAGCAGAACUGAGUUCUUGACACCAUCAGCAUUUAUCUUCCUGUACGAAAACCAGUUGUUCUUAACAUUCAGAAAUAGAACUGUUGCUGUUUGGAAUUUUCGUGGAGAGCUUGUUACGUCAUUCGAGGAUCAUCUCUUAUGGCAUCCUGACUGUAACACAAAUAACAUAUACAUAACAAGUGACCAGGAUCUUAUCAUUUCAUAUUGCAAGGCUGAAUCUGAUGACCAGUGGACGGAAGGAAAUGCUGGUUCUAUCAAUAUCAGCAAUAUCCUGACAGGAAAAUGCCUAGCUAAAAUAAAUGCCACCAAUGGCAGUCCCAAGGAUGAGGAGUGCUGCAGCAGUACGGGAAGCUCAAAGCAGAGCUGCUCUCUGAUGAAAAGCACAGUUGCAGAGGCUUUGGAAGACAUCACUGCCCUUUUCUACGAUGAAGAUCGCAAUGAAAUCUACACCGGUAAUAGGCAUGGACUGGUUCAUGUGUGGUCAAACUAAAGAUAAGUUUUUCAUUAUUUUGAUUUAGGAACAUGGAAACUGCAAGUAUAGGAUGUUGUCAUGACUGCGCUGCAUAUCUUUAGUGCACUGUAUCAUUAGAUUGCAUCAGAAUUAUUGAUUCUGUAGAUAUACUUGGAUUGUCAUAUAGCAGUUUGUACAUUAGUAAACAGGCUACUUGGUUGAGAUUCAGAGGUUAAAAUGUCCGGACAAGAAUUUUUUGUAACAUUCAUUUGUAUUUGCUGAGUAAACAAAAUGUUUGCUUGUUAAUUAUCAGUUUCCGCUCCUGAUGCUGGUAAUACAGGGACGGUUGGCAUUGAAUGAGAAAAA